AUGGCGACUCAAACGAUGAAGAAAACAUGCAGCAUUCUCAUGCUAGUAGCUAUUGUUACGAUGAUGUUUUCGGCACAAAUUUCUCAUUCCAUGAAUGUAGAAAUGUGUGUCAAACAUUGCAUCCCGAAUCAGUGCAUGAAAUUGCUGAAAAAACCUGAUCCGACUAUUUGUGCAGAAGCUUGCAAAAAGCUUUGCAACAAACCGCAAAGCGAACGUGAAGAUUACCUCGUUCCUUCAAAGGAAGGCAGUACGUUUAGCAACGCCAUAUGCAACAUGUUUCCGUCUGCAUGCAAAGACUCUUAG